AAUGACGAAGUCGGAACAUAUGUCCACAGGUACUAGCUUUAUGAGUAACAAUGAUUAUAGUCUUCAACUGAAUCGAUGGUUCCUGAAACCAAUUGGCGGUUGGCCACAAAUGAACGGCUCAAGCACGACGUGCAAGAUACUCGUAUUGUUACACAUCUUUAUUUGCGUGAUCGUGGUGGCAUGUAUAAUGAUACCAUGCACAUUAUACGUGUUAUUCGAGGAAGCCAACAUCAAAUUGAAAUUGAGUGCCAUUGGUCCGUUGCUUCACAGAGUUAUGGGUUCGGUAAAUUAAUGGGUGCUUUUGAAACGUAGUGGCGACAUUCGUAAAUUAAUACGACAUAUGGAGGAAGAUUGGAAAAUCAUAAAUAGGUUCGAAGAUCGCGAAAUAAUGUUGCAGUACGCCAAGUUCGGUCGUUUCGUCGCCGGGAUCUGCGGGGUGAUUAUGCAUGGCGGUGCAUUCCUGUUUAGCAUAGCUAAAGCGAUAAAAACUGUGCCUAUCACUGUCGGCAACGAGACCUUUAGAAUGCAUCCAAUGACGUGUCCGAUAUAUAGCAAGAUUAUCGAUACAAGAUUCAGCCCUGUGAAUGAAAUCGCAUUGAUUGUGCAGUUUCUGUCAACAUUUAUAGUAAGUUCAUCUACCGUCGGUGGUUGCAGCCUGGCGGCCGUCUUCGCAAUGCACGCCUGUGGUCAAUUGAACGUGCUAUGUGCAUGGCUACAUGAACUUGUAGAAAACCAAGAGAAAAAUCAUAAAGCCGAACGAAAACUGGCCGUUAUCGUGGAGCACCAUCUCAGAGUAUUGAGUUUUAUAGCACGCGUGGAAAGUAUUAUAAAUAAGAUCUCUCUUGCGGAAUUGAUGGGAUGUACGAUAAAUUUGUGUUUACUAGGAUAUUAUUUAAUCAUGGCUUGGGCCGAUUUCGAUGCAACCAAAAUAGCAUCUUACGUAAACGUAUACUUAUCAAUGGCUUUCAAUAUUUUUAUAUUUUGCUAUAUCGGAGAGAUUAUCGCAGAACAGGUAAUAUAUUGA